AUCAUCACUAACACAUUCCUUCUCCGCUACUUUCGUCCCCAUCUUUCCAUCUCUCCUAACCAAAAUAUCUCUCUGUUUAAGUUCAUACGUGUGAGAGUAUACAUCUCUGCGUACAACUAACUAUAUGUAGAGCCUGCGGUGAUCGAUCUUCAGCUGUUUUAACUCUGUCUGGUUGUGAUUUGUGAAUCGAUCUGCUGAAAUGGAGAGGUCGAUCGUUGUAUCUCUUCUCGUAUUCCUAUUCGUUCUCUCGCUUUCAUCUUGUUUGGGGGAUGAUUUAUUCCCUUCGAAUUUGAGGUUUGAGUCCGCGCAGGCGGAGAGGAUGAUCAGAGAGCUGAAUUUGUUCCCCAAGGAGUCCGUCAACAUCGUCCCACGGGGCUCGCUUUCUACAGCCGAGCGGGGCCCCAAGCUCGUGGAGAAGCUGUUCAAGUUCCCCAACCUCGCCGAUUGCAACGCCUCCGUUGAGGAUUUAGGUCACCAUGCCGGCUACUUUAAGAUCCAAAACUCUUAUGCUGCUAGGAUGUUCUACUUUUUCUUUGAAUCACGCCGUGGCAAAAAGGAUGACCCUGUUGUUAUUUGGUUGACUGGAGGUCCAGGCUGCAGUAGUGAGUUGGCACUUUUCUAUGAGAAUGGACCUUUCCAAAUUGCAAAUAACCUGUCACUAGUAUGGAAUAAGUAUGGAUGGGACAAGGUCUCUAAUCUUUUGUAUGUUGACCAACCUAUUGGGACUGGCUUCAGUUACAGCUCUGACAAACGCGAUAUUCGUCACAAUGAAGAAGGCGUUAGCAAUGAUUUAUACGACUUUUUGCAGGCUUUCUUUACAAAACAUCCUGAGUAUGCAAAGAAUGACUUUUUCAUUACUGGAGAAUCAUAUGCUGGGCACUACAUUCCCGCAUUUGCUGCAAGGAUACACAAGGGAAAUAAAGCCAAUGAAGGGAUUCAUGUAAACCUCAAGGGAUUUGCGAUCGGUAAUGGGCUCACUGAUCCAGCAAUUCAAUAUAGAGCUUACCCUGAUUAUGCAUUUGACAUGGGAAUAAUUUCUGAGUCUGAUCGGCAGCGCAUCAACAAGGUGGUCCCACUGUGUGAGGCUGCAAUAAAACUAUGUGGAACCAAUGGGACUAUUUCUUGCGUGGCAGCCUACGUAGUUUGCAAUGCCUUAUUUAAUUCUAUUAUGGCACGUGCUGGUAAUAUCAAUUACUAUGACAUCAGAAAGAAGUGUGAGGGGCGUCUCUGCUAUGACUUCUCAGGCAUGGAACAUAUGCUCAAUGAGAACUCUGUCAAAAAAGCUCUAGGAGUUGGUGAUAUAGAUUUUGUCUCGUGUAGUACUACUGUUUACAAGGCUAUGCUCGUUGACUGGAUGAGAAAUCUUGAAGUGGGCAUCCCUGCUUUGCUUGAGGAUGGAAUAAGGUUGCUUGUUUAUGCUGGAGAGUAUGAUCUUAUUUGCAACUGGCUUGGUAAUUCGAGAUGGGUUCAUGCCAUGAAAUGGUCUGGUCAGAAAGAGUUUGUAGCAUCUUCUGAAGAACCUUUUGAAGUUGAUGGCUCAGAAGCAGGAUCAUUAAAAAGCCAUGGACCUCUCAGUUUCCUCAAGGUCCAAGAUGCUGGACACAUGGUUCCCAUGGACCAGCCGAAAGCUGCACUCAACAUGCUGGAGAAGUGGACUGCAGGCUCGCUUUCUGGGAGAAUGGCUGAGCCUCAAAAUUUGAUAUCUUCAAUGUAAUCUGUAAACAGUUUCUUGAAUCUCAUGAAUAGAGUUUAGAUUUCAAAUAAAUAAUUACAAUCUUAGGCUGUCUUGUUUAAUAUUGAAACGAACUGCACCUAGGUCCUUUGAUCAACAGACUACUGAUUGGCUCCAACUAUAAUUAUGUUUGGGCUGCUUUGCCAUCGUUUGGUGUUGCCUUUUGUCAUGAACCCAGUUUGUAUACUAUUCUGUUUCCCAAAAUUAUCUCUAUUCAGAUAUCAACUUUUCUGUUCGCUUGAA